AUGGCGGAUCCUAGUGCCGCAGUCUCUGAUAAAGCACCUAACGGGAAGAAGCGGAAAAAGAACGAGAUUGAUGGCGACGGCUUUGAAUCACUUGAGAUCGACAUCAAUGCACCGGAGCCCGCGUCUAAGAAGGCGCUACGAAAGGCGAAACGCGCGAAAGCAGUUUCUCACCCAAAGGAACAGGAGUUUGGUCCUACAGAUCGGAAGAAAGCCAGUAAAGGGAACGAGACUUUGACAAGCAGGGAACCUACGAGCAGAUCCCCUUACGGAAUCUGGAUAGGCAAUCUGCCUUUUUUUGUUUCAAAGGAAGACUUGCAGAAGUUCCUCGUUAGCGACACUGAUAAUGCAAUUGCGCCUGAUCAGAUUACCAGAAUAAAUCUACCUCAAGGAACUUCCAAACCAGGGUCUGCAUUUCAGAACAAAGGCUUUGCAUAUGUAGACUUCCUAUCAGCAGAUGUGGUUGAAAAAGCACUACACUUGAGCGAAAAGCUGGUUGGAGGACGCCGAGUCUUGAUCAAAAACUCUAAAGACUUCCAAGGGAGACCGCAACUCACUGCAAAAGCUCCCGAGCCGAAUCUACCCUCAACUAAGCGUAUUUUUGUGGGAAAUCUGGAGUUCGACGUUACCAAAGAAGAUCUGGAGCAUCAUUUCGAGGUUUGCGGACCAAUUCACUAUGUACAUGUGGCAACCUUUCAGGACUCUGGCAAAUGUAAAGGAUAUGCUUGGGUGGAAUUUGAGCAGCUAUCUUCAGCCGAAGGUGCCAUGAGAGGAUGGGUGGAGAUCAGUGAUCCUUCCGUGAAUGCUGAGAAGGAGAACAAUCCUAUGGAAACUGGCAAUUUCAAAAAGGUCAAGAAGCGUUUAUGGGUGAACAAGAUGGGAGGUCGAAAGCUGCGCAUGGAAUUUGCGGAAGAUAAGGCAACACGAUACAAGAAGCGGUAUGGCAAGGAUUCGCGCUCAGAGGGGUUGGGAGAUACAGAGGAAAGUGCCGCCCACCAAAGAGCCUCCGACGAAGAACAGGGAAGAUCAGAAGCCCAUGAUGACGCGUCAAAGGCAAAAGCGGGCUUGAAGAAGCUAUCAAAGAGCAAGCACCCUCAGCAUCUUCGUGUGGGAUAUUCCGUUGCCUCAAUACAAAAGUUGACGGGGGCGAUCACAGAAGGCCAGGGCACCAAAGUCACGUUCGACUGA